CGGAUAUAACUAGGCGAUUGUUUCUGUGAUGACUAUGACACGAGGUGGAUGGCUUGAUCAGAUGUGAGGAGUUCGGUGUGCAGGAGCGGCGAUAUAUUGAAGGGUAAUGGCACUGGUUGAUCUUCGGCUACAUAGCAUUGGAAUGUCGUUUCAUUGGCAUAGGUGUCACUUCCUUCUCUGGACAAGAAAUCAGCAGUUUGAUUUCGUUUACCUGGCAGGCAAGUCGGGUGAACCUGAGAUUUCGGCCGUUGAAGAGGAAGGACAGGUAAUCUCGAGAUUCUUCUGCCACUUGUACCUGCCAGUAUCCGGCGCUGAGGUCGACGGUGGAGUAUAUGGUCUUGCCAUGGAACGUCUGCAACACCUGAUCGAUCUGGGCGGGAGCUUCACGGUCGUCGUCGAGAAUCAUGUUCAGCUGGCGGGCGUCGAGACAGAGUCGGGUGGAGCCGUCCUUCUUCGAAACGCAGGCAAUACCAGGAAGGAGUAUGGGAAGCACUUUCCUUCGACUUGGAUCUCCAGGAGGCAUUGUUUAGAUAUUCGGAGGCGACGUCCUGGUGUGACACCUGAUAGGUAGGUUGAGGUUAAUGGUAAUGUGGCUAUUUCUGUUAUGUUUUUCAGGCGGGAAUAUGAGUCAUUCUGGAUU